AUGACUGAUUUUAAUGAAGAAGAUUUCGAAGAAGAAGAAGAUGAUUCAACACCAGCAUAUGAAAAUGAAAAAUUAGAUAUACUUAUUCGACAAAUGCGUGUAUCGAAAACAGGCGCAUUUUAUGUCGAUAUUUUAUCUAAUGAUGAUAUAUAUAUAAUUGCUGAUGAAGUGAAAAUAAAUCGAUGUUGGAAUACUCUUCGUUUGACUGGUCAUAAUCAAGUCAAGUCAGAUGGUGCUAAAUAUUUAUUUGAUGCUUUAGCAGCUAAUCCAUCAAUAAAAAAUCUUCAUCUCGGUGGAAAUUCUUUAGGAGAUACAGGAAUAUCAAUUUUUCAACCAUUUCUAUCAACAAAUACUACAAUAAUCGAUCUAAUUCUAACAGAUAAUCAAAUAACAGAUAUUGGUGGAAAAUUAAUUAGUGAAAUGCUUCGACAAAAUUCAACACUUGAAACAUUAGUAUUACAUGGAAAUCCAUUGUUAGACACUGGUGUUAUAUCAAUUGCUCAAGCACUUCAUAAGAAUCAUACUCUUACUACUUUGAAAUUAUAUCGAACUGCAAUGACAGAUGUUGGUGCACAAGAACUAGCUUCUAUGCUUCGAUUAAAUACAACAGUAAAAGUAUUAUCUCUUGAUGACAAUGAAAUUAGUGAUAUAGGUAUGCAAGCAAUUUGUACUGCAUUACAUGAUAAUCAGAUAUUAACAUGUCUUAAUAUACGACAGAACCAAAUUACAGAUGAAAGUGUUAAUACCAUUGUUACUAUGCUUCAAACACGCCGAAUAUUCGAUAGAUUAGAUCUAGCACGGAAUCAACUUAGUGAUCAAGGAAAAGAAACUAUUCGACAAACAAAUACAAAUAAUAAUAAUACUGUCAAAAGUCUUAUACUUUAA